GAUACGCAUCAUGAUUUCAAUAUAUGUUAUGUUAAUUGAAUUUUUUUUAUAAUUUGUAUUUUUUUCAUAGAACCAAAUCACCAUAGUUGCGAUUAACCACAAAAUGCUACCGUGGAAUUUGUGAUUAGCAUAUUUGAGAUUUACUGUUAGCGUUAAUUGCAAAAAAAUGUGGUGCGAUUAACCACAAUCGCCCUAAUUUCAGCCCUAAACAACAAUGUGUACGGUAAACAAUCUUUUGGGGGAGCACUCUCUCAACUCUCUCUGUCGUGGAGAGUGGGAUCGUGUUGUUCGCCGCCGUGCGACUUGCCGUAACUGGCCGAUCCGCCAUCGUGCCCCGCCGGAAUCGGCCUGUGGCACUGAUGGGGGCUUUAAAACCCCUUCGGUGGGUGGUGCGAUUUCAUUCGCUACACAAGUUUCCAUCUUCCUCGUGCUUCCUCUUCUUUGCACAAUCGACAAACCCUAAUCCCGCUUCGACCGGUAUGGCUGCUGUCAAUCCAGUGCUGUUUGGAGAUGAUGAUGUCGUUGCAGGGGUUGAGAGAAGUGAUCUCUCGCUUCUGGGAAGAAUCAUUGGGCCCUCUCCCCCCCUUCGCCAUCUUCAGACCACUCUUGGUCGUCUUUGGAAGUGCCUCGGAACAAUCUCAAUUCUCCCGGCUCCGGAAGGGCUGCUCCAAUUUGUAUUUCCGUCGGAUGCUGUGAUGAAUGGGGUUCUGAGUGAGGCACCUUGGUUUCUUCCUAAAUUCCUUGUGAAUCUGGCUCCAUGGGUGUCGGUUACCCCUGAAGUGGCGGAACAACUCUGGCGAGUUCCGCUUCAACUCCAGUUCUGGGAUGUUCCUCCACCAUGCUGUACUCGGCGAGUUGGGACUUUGCUAGGCCUCGCCCUCGGCAAGAGUGAUCCCGCGACGGUUCACAGGGAGGUAGUGACUGGGGAACUAUACCUCCAUGCCAAAGUAUGGAUUGAUGCUCGGUCCCCGCUCCCAGUGUCCGUGCCUGCUUCACAUGAGAAAACUGGCAAAGGAAACUUCACGGCAAUUGUGAAGUACAAAAGGCUCUCUCAGUUCUGCUAUCUGUGUGGCAUCCUUGGCCAUAUUGGCCAACGAUGUCCUCGACGAGAGGAACUCGCUGGGACGGUAACCUCGUAUAGUAAAGAUCUGGUGUCGAAGAGAUCGGGCCCAAAUGUGAAUGAGCGCUCGCUGCUUAGUCGUAAACAAUUCACUUGGGUACGGCAACGUCAGGACGGGGGCGAGAAGAACCUGGUGCAUCCUAGUCGUGAUCUCUCGUUGACAUUACCACAGGACAUGGCUUCUGCUUCUCCUGUUUUGGGGGCUGGCCAUCUGCUCCUGCUGGCUGGAUCGUCAUCGACCGAGCCAGGGGUGAAAACUGCUCCAUUGAUUCGUGCAAGAAGUCUGUUGGAUGGUGCGUUGGACCUGUCCCUGGCGUCCAAGAAAGCUCGUGUUGAUUUGCCGGAUGACUCUGGUGAUAAAAUGGAUGAUUCUGUGGUGGAGGCAACCAGCCCAAACUGGUCCCAGCAGCCGCGAUGAGCAUGGUGGUGUGGAAUUGUCGGGGCCUGGGGUCUCCCCUGACAAUUCCCUCAUUGUUUGGGGCCGUUUGUCGCUUUUCUCCGUCGAUUGUCUUUCUUAGUGAGACCAAGCAUGAUGAUGACUUUGUACAUAAGAAGCUUAGGCGUCUAGGGUAUCAGUUUACUCAUUGUAUUUCCCUUAUUGGUAGAGCAGGAGGCUUAGCUCUUGCGUGUUCAUCUUCGGUUAGUUGUCGAGUCUUAGAGGAAGCUGGAUUCUUCAUGUUUGUAGAGAGCCAGCACGUAGUUUGGGGCACCUUGGGGUUCCUAUUUGUCCACCUCCACUGUGAUGUAAAUAUUCGUCUUUCUCAAUUUAAUGAAUUAUCGCAUUUGUG